UGCUGGAUCAAUCUACCGUGUAGGUAGCAGUGCAGGUGGCAAUACCGGGCCUGUCCGUGGCCCUGAGCAAUUACAAAGUCAAGCCAAUCCUCCUACAAGUAGAGUAGUCCCACCCCUCCGUCUUCUCCCUCAAGAAUCUCUGAUAUGGCCUCCCAACCAACCUCCGAAGCGAGGGAGUUGCAGCUCGUGGGCAGUGUUGAGUUCAGAAUAGCAGCCGCAAGCACAGAUCGAAAGCUCGAGCAACUCCUCGACAAGUUUCUCGCCCCCUUGUUGCUCAAACUUGCUUCGGAACACUUGGCCGUAAGGAAUAAGGUGAUUUCGGUCUGCCAGCAUAUCAACAAGCGCAUCUUGCCUCCACAGGAAAUCAAGCUUCCCGUAAGGAAAUUACUAGUCCAAUUCAAGGAGCACUCUCAUGUUCCUCUGAUCCGCCAUUUUGAUAUCCUCUACAUUCAGCAGGGAAUCGCACGCCUUCAAGUAUCCGAACGACUAGAACUCCUCCCACUUUUAAUCAAUGGAAUUGCCAGCGAUUACACCCAAUCCCCACAGCAUGCCUCUCAACUGUUCCACUUGACUCUUCGUCUACUGGCCCAUUUCAAUCUUCCCCCGAGGGGAACCAAGGAGGACGAUGAGCUUCGAUCCGCGCUUCAGUUGACGAAUGAUGAUGGUGCCUUUCUCUCUCACUGGUUUGGCAAGUUACUCCUGUUUGGCUUCGUGCGCAGUGCCGACUCUGAAGGCGCGCCAUCACCUAGAUGUCCUGGGCUCUCCGUUGAUGACUACAAGUUUCUCACUUUAUACGGUAAUGCAGACGCUUGGGAUCCUCGCGCCAGCACAGGGCUUAACAUUCUCGAGACCAAAGCUCUAGUCGUAAAGUUACUUGCUAGUGGCCUAUUCAACGACCACGAGAGGUUCCUGCCCGCGUUGUUUGCCUCAGCCGAUACCAACACACGUGUCUCGGAGGUGGGAGAAGAUAUGCUCAAACGCGUCACGCAGACUCAGGACCUUGAAGACCAGGGGCUAAUUGAGCGGCUGUUCUCUCUAUACUUUGGCUCCUCAACACCUGAAGGUGCUUUGCCUGUGAAAGUACCACUACGCAUAAAAAUCCUUGGUCUCCUCUCCAGGUCUGUGAGGAGCACGCAAUACCCGAAGCAGAUAUCGAGAAUGGUCGAGGAAGGAGUACUAUUUGUUGAGCAGGAAUCAUCUAAUCGAACGACAGUGGGAAGGCAAAGUUCAAAAUUCCGGUCGGCCUUGUUUUCAUUCGUGAACUUUGUUGCUCGGCACGGCUCCAGGGACGACCUUGCUCUCGUUGCGGAAGGCCUUGUCGGCAACUUAAGAGGGUUCAUUCAAGAUCAAGGUUGGCCGUCGCCGGAUCGAGACCAGGAUCAGGAGCUUCGGGGAUAUGCUUACGAGACCAUUGGCCUAGUAGCUAAGGCAGCACCUGAAAAGAUCCUCAUAGAGCCAAAUCUGAGUCUGUUGGACUGGCUGUUCCGCUCACUGCGUCACGACACAUCCGGAAAAGAGGUCGCCGUGAGCAUUGAGGAAGCGCUAUCAUCAGUGCUCGACGCAUUCUCGAAACCGCUGGAAAUCUCAGUCAAGUCGAAGUUCCGCCAACUUCUGCUGAAGUACUCUCUUUCUGAUAAGACUGGCCGUUCCACAGAAGCCUACACAGUCACCAGGAGUACCCGAUAUGUGGCCACCAGAUUCGCGAAUCGCUGCCUGGCAUACGACGAUGUCUGGGCCAGGUGGAUUGAUAUCGCCGCCGUUAGUGGGGGCAAAGCCGAAAGGCACGAGGUCGUUGAAGAAGGUAAAAGGGGAUUGGAUCCGUACCUGUUCGCCAUGCAACAUUCUAUACCCGGGGAGGAACCUUUCACCGUCACUUUCCCAGCUUUCGACGAACUUGUUCGUACGAUAUUUCUUCGGAAGACCGACGACGACGUUGAUAUGGAUGGCAAUUUUCAGCCACGCAUGUCUACUCCCGUCAUAGUUACACUCGCCAAGCAGUUCUAUAAAGACUAUCCAGAAGCUGUACCAGUGGUCAUGAAGUAUUGCACACAAGUGUGUAUACAAACGGCAUUAUCUGAGAAAUCAAUCAUCUACGAGCCUUCCGAAGACUGGGGGCGAAAAUUGGAAUCUCUCCUCUCGACGGAUCAGCUAUCUCGCCAGGCUCUUCGAUCAUUCGCAUCAGACCCACAUCACGCUGCUUCCAUAGCUAUCUUGCUGAGGACAGGCUUUGAGCUCCUCACCCACGACGAUGUGACGAAUCUUAACGACGUGGGAGACGAUUUUAUCCGCCUUCUCUCGCUGUCGACAGAGACGAGCUGGAUGUUGGCAAGUUUGACGUCGGACGCUCAAGCGUUGGUGCCGUCCAUCCUCGCCAAUAACGUUGUGCGACGGAAUAUAGCUGCUCAUUCCUAUGGAUUACUGGCUUCUCAUGGGACAGCCAAUCCAGAGGCAAUACUUGAACUGCAUCAGACGUUCUUCGAGAAACUAAGUACGUGGAGGACUGCCGUCGGCGGAGAAAUCAAUCAACUGAGUGGCGUGGUCGUCGCGCUCGGCUACUACUUCAGCCGCUUGCGAUGGAGGCAGCAGUCAGAGCUUCCAGCCGAUCACGCAGUACAUCAGUUUGUCCAACAAGUAAUUGACAUCCUCCACACUACCAGGGACGUCACUCUUCAAGCGGCAGUAUUCUCGUGCCUGGACCAGUUGAGCCUGCAUUUUGUGAUAACGCCCUCGACUCUUUCUCAGUACGGGACAUUUCGGGAGGUAGCACAGAAGAUAUACGACCAGGCGAAGACGGGAAUGGGGGAUGCUAUCACGUGCCUUGGUCAUCUAGGUAUGAUCACUUUGGAAACAGACUCUGAAAGUACCGAUACUUCGGACUACAGCUUCAUCGCAGAGAAGAUCUACGAGCUGCAUGAAGUUCGACAUGUGGAAGCCCAGUUCUCGAUUGGCGAGGCUCUGAGCUGCUUUGCCGCGGGAUGGGGUUCCAAGGCUCUGGCAGCUCAACUCGACAUAGAGCAUCCAGCGCAGCAGCAUGCGCCAUGGGACGCUCCUCUCCUGACUCCUUCCGGACCGAAACGUGAGAAGACACUCACUGCGGUCCUCGAGCGAACUCUGAAGGGCUGUCAUCAGAGUAAACCUUCACUAAAAAAGGCGUCGGUGAUCUGGCUGCUGUGCCUCCUCCAGUACUGUGGACACAUCCCAGAUAUGCAAGGGUACUUGGGUAGAUGCCAAGGAGCAUUCAAAGCAUGCCUUUCAAACAGAGAUGAAGUCGUCCAAGAGGCCGCAUCCCGCGGACUUGGUCUUGUGUACGAGAAGGGCGACCGUCAUCUCAAGGACGAACUUGUACGAGACCUGGUUGGCUCAUUCUCUGACAACAAAUCAAAAAUGGCAGGCACUGUCACGGAAGACACCCAGCUUUUUGAACCUGGCGCGUUGCCUGUUGGUGAAGGCAAGUCGAUCACUACUUACAAGGACAUCCUCAGCUUGGCCUCAGAAGUUGGAGACAGCAGUCUUGUCUAUCGGUUCAUGUCUCUAGCCUCGAAUAGCUCUAUCUGGAGCAGCCGGGCAGCGUUCGGCCGUUUUGGUCUCAGUAAUAUCUUUGCGGAUUCCAGCGUUCGUGGAUACCUUGCCGAGAAUCCUAAGCUGUAUCCAAAACUGUUCCGCUAUCGGUUUGAUCCGAACCCAAACGUGGGACGCGCUAUGAAUGACAUCUGGAAUGCACUGGUUAAAGACCCAUCUGCCACAAUCGACAAGCAUUUCGAUGCCAUUAUGGAGGAUCUCCUAAGCAGUAUACUCACCAAAGAAUGGAGAGUACGGCAAGCAAGCUGUGCAGCUAUCGCCGAGUUGGUGCAAGGACGUAAGCUUGAAAAAUACGAGAAGUAUCUGGACCAGAUCUGGGACAAAUGCUUCAAGGUCCUUGACGAUAUCAAAGAGACUGUAAGGGUGGCCGCAGCGUCGCUCGCACGUGUCCUGACAGGCAUCCUUACGCGGUCAUUGGAAGCAGGUGACUCCUCCAUCAAGAAUGCUGGCGCCAUGCUCUCGCGAGUUCUUCCCUUCUUACUGUCGUCGUCCGGUCUUGAGUCUAGCGCCGAAGAAGUUCGCAUUUUUGCGGUACAUACGCUUCUGGAAAUCGUGAAGAAGAGCAAUGCAAAGACACUCAAUCCCCAUUCACCAGAGCUCGUGGAACGUCUCCUAGGUCUCCUCAGCUCCCUUGAACCCGAAGCGGUCAAUUACAUCCACCUUAACGCGUCGAAGUACAACCUCACCGAGCAAAAGAUCGAUGAUAUGCGCCUCCAAAGUGUCCGCUCUUCCCCCCUAACCGAAUCCAUCGAACGCUGUCUCGACCUCGCCGACGCAGAUACCAUGGAAAAGCUUGUAUUGCACAUCGAGUCCGCAAUGAGAGACGCGGUCGGUCUCCCUUCCAAAGUCGGCUGCUCCCGCAUCCUCGUCAUACUGAGCACCCGCCACAACUAUCUCUUCAGACCCUACGCUGACGGCUUCCUCAAACUCAUUCACAAAUACAUUCACGACCGUAACGAGACAGUCUCGUCUUCUUACGCUGCAGCGGCAGGAUACGUCGCGCGUCUGGCCUCCGAUAACCAACUCAUCUCCACAAUUGCCUAUUGUCAAGACCUAUACUUCGCCUCGGGAGACGACAGGAGUAGGCUCACAGCCGCCGACAUCAUCCACUCUAUCUCAAAAAACGCUACCGAUCGCUUCACCGCGCUGUCCGCAGAUCUAUUACCCUUCAUCUUUGUAGCGAAACAUGAUUCCCAACCCCAAGUGCAGAAAAUCUUUGCAGACACGUGGUCUGAUAAUGUUGCCGGAAGUCGCACAGUCCUUCUCUAUCUGAAGGAAAUUGUUGCUCUGGCGAAUCGGCAUCUAGAUUCCCAGAAGUGGGUGCUUAAGCAUGCAGCCGCGAAGGCGACUGCCGGCGCGGUGAUGUCUAUAACAACAGGAAAAGAUGAAAUCGACAAGGCGAAUGCGGAGACGUUAUGGCCGGCACUUGAUAAAGCCAUCGGAGGCAAGACAUGGGUGGGUAAGGAGAUCGUGCUCGAAGCUUUUGUACGGUUUGUAGAGAGGGGAACGGCGCUGUGGAGCAUCGAUUCGGGGGUUGCGGAACAGAUUGAGAAAGUGGCGGUUAGGGAGGCUAAGAGGGUCAAUAAGACGUAUAGACCUUAUGCUGUUGAUGCGCUUGGGAAGAUUGCGAAGGCCAGGGUGGAUCUGGUAUUGGCGGGAAAUGUGAUGGAGGUUGUUAAGGGGGUGGUGGAGGAAGUGCUCGGGGACGGGGAAGAAGAGAACGGGGAGCGGAUGGAGGUUGAUGCGGGGGAGGUGUUGAGGGAUGAGCAGCUACGGGACCAAACACUGUCCGCAUGUGUGUCCAGCCUCCUCUCCUCCCUGCACCCACUGCUUACGUCGUCCUCCUUCUCCUCCGCCUUCGGCGACACCCUGCCGCUUAUCCUGCGUGCAAACUCUAUUCAUGCUAAGAACAUCCAUUUGACAACAUUCACUUCCCUGCACGCCCUCUUCCUGGCCGCCGCCUCUGACCUGUCCCUGGCCAUCGAGCCCGAGGCCAAAGCUGCAUUUGAGAAGAUACUCUUCGAUCCGACAUACGAGGGCUUACCGGAGACAAUGCGAGUAACGAGAGCACAGGCGCUGAUCGCGAUUGGAAGGAUCCGGGGAUGUAAGUGGGCGGCUGAGAGAGCAGCGGAGGAGAUGAACGGGGAGAGGAGCCUCGUCGUGAAGGGGGUGCUUGCUCAGGCGUUGUUGGAGUGAGAGUGGUAGAUGUGAAGGACACGAGGUGUGACGGUGUCUAUACAUAGAUAUCUUCAAUGCACGAGCUAGAGAUCCUGGCCAUU